GCGCAACCACCGCUUUGGCUCCGCUUAAAGUUAUACCGAGGCUCCGUCGACAACCCGGGGCGCUAACAAAAAAACAGUAGUCCACUAAUGAAUCGAGUAAAUUAUUCUUUUUUUUUUGUUCUUUAUUGGCCCACGUUGACGCCCGGUUGGUUCAUUGGCCAGUAAAAUAAAAAAUAAAAAAUAAAAAAAUACAACUCCGCAGAUAGGCGGACUUGGGUGCGGGAGCGGCGUAUGGCAUCAUCGACCCUGAGUGUGUUUUAAACUACUACCACUACCACUACCCCUUUGUCGUUUUUUUCUAAAUUCUUUCUUCACACAUACAUCGACCAUGACCCUCAAGAUCGAAACCCCCCUCACCCUCCCCUGUGGCCUGGUGCUGCCCAACCGCCUCGCAAAGGCCGCCAUGGCCGAGGACUGGGCCGGCUCCAACAACUUCCCCCACGAAAAGUUCAUCGACACUUACGGCGUCUGGGCCGACGGCGACUGGGGCCUUGUCAUGACGGGCAACGUCCAGGUUGACAUCAACCACCUCGGCCAGCGCAACGACAUUGCCCUGCGCGAGCCCGGCCUGCGCGCAAAGCAGCUCGAGGCCUGGAAGAAGUGGUCGGCCGUCACCAACAAGAACGGAACCCCGACCAUUGUCCAGAUCAACCACCCAGGCCGACAGUCCACCGUGGGCGCUGGCCACCGCGGCUUCUUUGGCAAGACCAUUGCGCCCUCGGUCGUCCCUGUCAACCUCGGCAGCGGAUGGCUCGCGAGAGCAGCGGCCGCGUUUGUAUUUGGCACGCCCCGCGAAAUGACAAAGGAAGACAUUGCUGGCGUUGUUGCUGAUUUCGCGGAUGCUGCCAAGAUGUCCUACGAGGCGGGCUUUGCUGGUGUCGAGAUCCACGCUGCCCACGGAUACCUGCUCGCCCAGUUCAUGAGCGCAAAGACCAACCUGCGCACUGACGAGUAUGGCGGCAGCCCCAAGAACCGCUCGCGCAUCAUUGUCGAGGUCAUUGAGGCUAUCCGAAAGGUCGUCCCCAAGACGUUCUGCGUUGGUAUCAAGUUCAACAGUGUUGAUCACCAGAGCCAGACUGAGCUUGCCAAGUGCAUUGAGCAGCUCGAGGAUAUUGUGGAUGCCGGUGUGGACUUUUUGGAGAUCUCGGGCGGUACCUACGAGGACCCCAUUAUGGUUACCGGCGAGAGCCUUGAGAGCGACGAAAAGCCCAAGGAGGCCCCCAAGGCCAGCACCGUUGCCCGCGAGGCCUUCUUCCUCGAAUUCGCACAGGCCAUCCGCGACAAAUUUGACGACAUCCCCCUCAUGGUCACUGGUGGCUUCCGCACGCGCCAGGGCAUGGAAAAGGCCAUUGCCGACGGCGCCUGCGACCUCGUUGGUCUUGGUCGCCCUGCUGUCCUGACACCCGAUCUGCCCAAGAAGAUCAUCUUCAACAAGGAUAUUCCUGACGCCGAGGCCAAGGUUAAGACCAUUGACAUUAACCACCAGAGCCUGGCAGACUUCCUUGGUCUCAAGUUCCUUGCCCGCGGUACCGAAGUUGUCUGGUACGGCGCUCAGCUCCGCAAGAUUCUCUCUGUGUACAAGAACUAAAGCGCUCCUUUUUAUACCAUUUCCAAUUUCCUUGUUAGAUUACCCUCAUGUAGACGAUACCAUUGAUAACACAAGACCGAGCCCGGAAAAGCGAGCUCAUCAUGUUUCUAUUAUUAA